AUGGGGAAAAUAUCUUUCUUGAAUCUGCUGAUAUUUUCUGUGAUUUUGGGUCAAGGAAUUGCGGCCGCAUCGAAAGAAAAUAAGGAUGCGUCAUCAGCUCUUCUUUCUCGUCAAAAGCGUGCGUCUUCUUCAUCUGGAGAUAUUCCUGAGCAUUCGUCACCGGAGCGUUCCUUACAAUCGUCACCGGAGCGUCGAUUGCGAUUGUCUACGGAGCGUCGCUUGCAAUCAUCUAUUGAACAUAUAAGUCGAGGUUACCCGGAUGAUCCCAGAAGUAGGUUAGGGCUGGAAGCUCCUCCUCCAAUGAGAGGACCCCUUCCUCUCGGUAUGGUCCGGAUUUAUUAUGGUGAAAACGAGAUUGGCCUUGGCGUUGUCGCAUCCACAUCCUACAUUGCAACGAAGGCGCACUUGUUCAGAGGCGGAUCUCCAGUGGGAAAGUAUGUUAUCCAAUACGAAAAUGGAGAAUAUCAUAUUGAAUACAUUGAUCAAACUGGACAGCACGUUAGGCGCAAUGUAAAAACUGUCUUUCGCAGCCAGGAUUAUGUUAAAAACCAGGAAAGUCCUUGGGGGCCCAACGAUGUUUGCCUCAUACACACUGGUCCCGGUCUGCAAAAGUCACCAGAUUUCUUUAAUCAGCUUGAAGACUCAAAACUAUUUACAGCGAAACAAAUGUAUUGGAUCCCAAGAAGAACAGGAGCACAUUAA